AUGCCCGCAUUCGACCCCAUCCCGCAAACAAGCCAGGCGCGUCUUGACGCAUCGCUCCCCGACGCGCCACUCGACAUAGCAACGCUACUAGCCCACCCGUCAACACCAACCUCCGAAAAGCCCAAAACAGUCCUCUACCUAGCCUACGGCUCCAACCUCUGCAACGAAACCUUCCGCGGCGCGCGCGGCAUCCGCCCCCUCUCGCAAAUCAACGUCGUAGUCCCCUCACUACGCCUAACCUUCGACCUACCCGGAGUCCCCUACAAAGAGCCGUGCUUCGCAAACACCGCGCGGCGCACAUCCUCCGCACAGAAAUACCAUAAAGAUGCGUGGCACAAGGGUCUCGUGGGCGUGGUGUACGAAGUCACGCUGUCAGACUAUGCGCACAUAAUUGCUACAGAAGGUGGCGGGAGCGCCUACGCAGAUAUACUGGUUGAUUGCCAUGUGUUGGACAAAGGGGAGGAUACGGUUCCCACAGUACCGACGUCGAAGCCGUUUAAAGCGCAUACGCUGUUUGCGUCCUCAGAAGACAACGACCGCAUUGUGAGACCGGAUCCUAGCUAUGCGCAGCCGUCGGCUAGGUAUCUCAAGUUGAUAACGGAUGGGGCGCUCGAGUGCGAGUUGCCAGGAGAGUAUCGGGAGUAUCUACAUGGAAUACGGCCGUUUAGGAUCACGAGUAAGAAGCAGGAGGUGGGCAAAGCGCUGUUUUUGAGUAUUUGGAUGCCGUUUGUGUUGUUUGUAUUUGCGCUGGGGAGGAAGUUUUCAGACGAGAAUGGGCGCGCGCCCGCAUGGCUGGCGAAGUUGAGUGCAAUGGUGUUUUCGGGCAUGUGGACGAGUUAUGAUGCGGUUUUCAAGCCUGUGUUUGGUGAGGGAGAAAGGACGGUUGGGGACGAUGCGCUGGGAGAGAUGGAUUCGAGUACAUGGGAAGCUCUGUCUACACGGCAAGAGGCAGAAAAGGAAUCUUUGUUGGAGGAGUCUGUACAAAACAUGUACACGGCUCAGAUGGCUGUACAAAGACCCUCGUGCGGGGAUGGUGUGGCAUUGCGUUGA